AUGCCGGAAGAAGAGAAUAGAUCAAUGAGACAAGGACUAGUCGAGUUACUCGGCAGCGAAACACUGGAAGAUCGUGUUAUGCGGCUAGGCCAGAAUGAAACAAGGAAUGACAAUCAGGAUAAUUUGUUGAGUAGGCCAGAGCAACCGUUAGAUAGGCAGAAUACCACACACACCAUUCCAGGGACAAAUGGGGAUAAUCAGGUACAUAGUGUUAGAGCAAGGGACAUACAGGGAACUAUAAAUGAGACGGUGUAUAACCCUGAACAGGCUAAUAGAUUUAGAGCUGAGAAUGCUAUCCCAAACCUUUCACAGCCUACAAUUCAACAAGAGACAGCCCCAACUGAAAGCCUUUCAGAGAAAAUGUUGCCUACCCUUACCAAGAUGGAAAGACCUAAACUACAAGUAUUCGACGGUAUUCCGGUUGACUAUGCUAGAUUCAAAGCUUGUGUUAAAGUAGAGAUUGAACGGAAAGGGGUGUAUGACAAUGUUGAAAAGCUCAAAUUUCUUCUUGAUGCUGUGACAGGGUCGGCAAAAUCCUGCUUAAAGAGAUUUAUCCCAGGAUCUGAGAGAUAUAAAGAGGCGUGGCAAGCCCUAGAUAAUCGAUUUGGUCAGCCAGACGUGGUAGUAGCCGCCGCAAAGAAGCAAAUUGAUGAGUUUCCUGACAUUCUAAAUGAAAGCGCUGAGAAAAUCAGAGAGUAUCAAGAAUUGGUUUCAGAGCUCGUUGGUGUCUACAAAGAACUUGACUUUGCACAUGAACUAAAAGCUCACUUACCUGAAUCAUAUGUUAAGCGUCUCCCAACUCGCCUUUGUGCUCGAUGGGUUGAAAAGGUCGAAGGUAAGGAAGCGAAAUUAUGUGAAUUGAAACAACGAUGGAUGCCAGGGAAAAAGGAGAGAAGGAAAGUUCCAGACAAUGUGGUAGUUACAAAGAUACAAGAGAUGAUCGAUACGAGUCUGGAGUACUUGCGGAGCCAUGCAUGA